AUGCCUAAGCUUGUUUUGGUCAGACACGGACAAUCCGAAUGGAACGAAAAGAACUUGUUCACCGGUUGGGUGGACGUUCGUUUGUCUGAGGUUGGUAGAAAGGAAGCCAUCAGAGGCGGUGAGUUGAUCAAGGAAGCUGGUAUCAACGUCGACAUUUUGUACACCUCCAAGUUGUCCAGAGCCAUCCAAACCGCCAACUUGGCCUUGGAAGCUGCUGACCAAUUGUACGUCCCAGUCAAGAGAUCCUGGAGAUUGAACGAAAGACACUAUGGUGCUUUGCAAGGUAAGGACAAGGCCCAGACUUUGGAGCAAUACGGUAAGGAGAAGUUCCAGACCUGGAGAAGAUCCUUCGACGUCCCACCUCCAGAAAUCGAGGCCGACAACAAGUACACCCAAGUCGGUGACAUCCGUUACAAAGACAUUGACCCAGCUGUUGUUCCAAAGACCGAGUCUUUGAAGUUGGUCAUUGACAGAAUCUUGCCAUACUUCCAAGACGAGAUCGCCGGCGACUUGUUGCUGGGCAAGACCGUUCUUAUUGCUGCCCACGGUAACUCUUUGAGAGCUCUUGUCAAGCACUUGGACAAGAUUUCUGACGAGGACAUUGCUGGUUUGAACAUCCCAACCGGUAUUCCAUUGGUCUACGAGUUGGACGAGAAGUUGCAGCCAACCAAGCCUGCCUACUACUUGGACCCAGAGGCUGCUGCUGCCGGUGCUGCUGCUGUUGCCGCUCAAGGCUCCAAGAAGUAA